UUCCAUUAAUUGGCAUCAAACAACACUUUACUCUUCUCGCUGACUCCACUAGCGUUUGAUCUCUGACGACGAUUUUUUUUUAAAGCUUUGUCUAUGUGCCUCUGCUCCGCGUGUCCAUGUCCAAUAGGAAAGAGGCGAAGUCUGACGCAAUCCUCGCGCGUGAAAAUCUGGCAUCUGGCUCCCCGUUGUCUCCUGUCGCUCACAUGUCUCUCGUGGUUGUGUGCUAGCAUAUUUCCUUAAUUUAUUGACGUAUUUAUUAAUUUAUUUGACGACGAUGAUGAUCGUUUCCACGAACGAGGGCAAUCCAAACGCGCUGAAACUGAUCAUCGCAGCUAAAUUGGCUCAGGAAGCCGUCACUGUUAAGAUUCUGAAGCCUCGUGAUGCUGUCCUGGGUCGUUUACCAACCCUGACUACACCCUCAGGAUUGUCUCUGUUCAGUGUCUCUGCAGCAUUACGCUUGCUGUUGCCUGAACCUAAAGAUUUGGAAGUUUCCAAUGAUAGAUGGUUGGAAUGGGAAAUUUCUCAAUUACAGCCAACCAUAUUAAGUCACGCUAAGACAUCCCAGAAAUCACGCUUGUGGUCUUUUCUACAAGAUCUCAAUAAUGAACUGAAAGACAAAAAGUACUUAAUUGAAAAAUGUAGUAAUUUAUCACCAGCAGAUAUUUCUAUUUGGGUAAGUCUCUGGAGCACCAUAUUGGUUACAGAUAUAGAUAUGGCAAAUGAUAUUACUCAGAAUUUGCCAAAUGUCAACAGCUGGUUAACUAAUAUUUAUAAUCAGUCAGUUAUCCAGCAGUCAAUUGAGGAGUCUACUAAAAUGUUUAAAUUUGAGAGAGGUGGAAAGGCUAUCGCAAGCAUCGAGGUUGCUUCUUGGUUUCCUGUCAACUCAGUCUCAAGUUCCCAAGUUCAUGAAUCAGUAUCUGCUGAUAUUAGCCCAACAAAGGAAAAAGAAGUAGAGAUCGUUAAUCAAGAAGAACUUUGUAAUGUGGCAAAAAGUUGGACCUCUGAACAUUAUCUGGAAGUUAAGGAAAGUUCAUAUCCUAUACUGCCUAAAAAAGGUGAACGAAAUAUAUUGAUAACAUCGGCUCUGCCUUAUGUUAAUAAUGUUCCGCACCUAGGAAAUAUUAUCGGCUGCGUUCUUUCGGCUGAUAUCUUUGCAAGGUAUUGCAGACAAAGAAAUUACAACACACUCUACAUAAGUGGAACCGACGAGUAUGGCACUGCAACUGAAGCAAAAGCUCUGCAAGAGAAAACUACUCCUCAGGCUAUUUGCGAUAAAUUCUUCGACAUCCACAACGAUGUUUAUCGCUGGUUCGGCAUCGGAUUCGACUAUUUCGGCCGGACUACUACACCCGAGCAAACAGAAAUUGUUCAAGCGUUCUUCUUAAAAAUUAAAUCGCAAGGCUACGUAUUGACCGAGACUGUGGAACAACUCCAUUGUGAGUUCUGCGAUCGAUUUCUCGCAGAUAGAUUUGUGGAGGGCACAUGUCCCGGAUGCAAGUACGAGGAUGCGCGCGGUGACCAGUGCGACGGUUGCGGUCAUCUCGUGAACGCGGUCGAGUUAAUAAAUCCUCGAUGUAAGAUCUGUAACACUAGACCAGUCGUGAAAAAUUCGGUACAGUUCUUCCUGGAUUUACCCAAGCUGGAAGAAAAACUGAAAGAAUAUUCCGCUACUGUAUACAAAGGAUGGUCCAACGUCGCAAAAGUCGUUUCAAAAACGUGGUUACGCGAUGGUCUUAAGCCACGUUGCAUAACUAGAGAUUUGAAAUGGGGUAUACCGGUUCCGGUAGAGGGUUUCGAAAAUAAGGUGUUUUACGUCUGGUUUGACGCCCCUUUCGGAUAUAUCAGUAUUACAAAGAGGUAUACCAAAGAAUAUAAAAAAUGGUGGCAACCUCCUCAGGAUACGAAAGUUGAUUUGUGCCAGUUUAUGGCAAAGGAUAACGUUCCGUUCCACGCGAUAAUGUUUCCCGCUUGUUUAUUAGCGGUUAAUCAAAAUUACACAUUGACGAGAAAUAUACUGGCUACUGAAUAUUUAAAUUAUGAAGAUAAAAAAUUCUCCAAGUCUAGAGGUAUCGGAGUAUUUGGAACCGAUGCUAGAGAUACCGGCAUUCCAGCUGAUGUGUGGCGAUUUUAUUUAGCCUAUAUUAGGCCCGAGACUCAAGAUUCCACUUUUAAUUGGGUGGAUUUAGCUACGAAGAACAAUAGCGAGUUACUAAAUAAUCUUGGCAAUUUUGUCAACAGAGCUCUAGUAUUCUGUGAAAAGUUCUUCGAUUCUAACGUACCACCGUUAGAAGCGGAAGAGGCUGAUUGGACAGUAUUAGCGUUGGCACAACGUGAACUGUCGUCUUACAUAAACGCGAUGGAACAAGCCAAAUUGAGAGAUGGCUUGAGACAUAUAUUGGCGAUUUCGAAACACGGCAAUCAGUACAUGCAAUUCCAGCAGCCAUGGGUAAAAAUCAAAGGAAACGACGAUGACAAGAAAAAGGCUGGUACUGUUGUUGCAAUUUGCUGUAACUUAGCUUGUCUUCUGUCCGCUCUUUUGGCUCCUUUUAUGCCCAAUGUAGCCAAACAAUUGAGAUCUCAACUAGGUUUGAGUAACAAAAAUUAUGGCUAUAUUCCCGAAAAGAUAACAAACAUGUUACCUACUUGGCACAAAAUCGGCAAGCCCAGUCCGCUGUUCACUAAGAUCGAAGAUCAAAAGAUAGAAAUGUUACGCAAAAAAUAUGCUGGACAGCAGGAGACUAAUGGCGAAGUAAUAAACAAAAGCUCCGACGAAAGUAUUGCAUCGUUAGAAGCAGCUAUUACGAAGCAAGGCAAUUUGGUAAGAGAAUUAAAAGCUAAACACGACAAGAACGUUUGGCAACCGCAGGUAGAAAUUUUAUUAGAUCUAAAAAAGAAACUAGUUGAUCUCAAAGGCAAUGUGAACACUCCUACGAAAAAAUCACCCGCGAAAAAUAAGAAGGCUGAACCAAUGCAUGUGCCCGAACAAAAUGGGGAUGCUUUAACAGACGUAGCGGCAUUAGAAUCGGCUAUCGCGAAACAGGGAAAUCUUGUGCGAGAAUUAAAGGCCAAGGAAGAUGGAAGUGUGUGGAAGCCACAGGUUGAGAUAUUGUUGAAAAUGAAACAGCGUUUGUCAGAUCUUACUGGAACAGCGCCGGUAACCGUUGACAAGAAAUCCAAGAAGAAAAAAUAAUUACUUUCCGUCGUGAUGUGAGAUUUUUUCAUACGUAAUUUAUGUCAUAUUUCGGCGCGUGCAAAACGCGACAUAAUAGUAUUCGAUCCACUAGUUUAUUUUACUUACGCGUACUGUAUCGGAAUUUAGACAGGAGGGGGGGGGGUUCGCGAAGACAUUUGUACUUUAUUUAAAUGCAUUCAUUUGCAUUACGUAUAUGUAGUAAUGAUCUGAUAAAUAAUUUACAUAAAAAUAGAGAA